UUAUUGUGUCAAAAAUUGACGUGACAGACGUGACAAAUCACGGCAGUGAUAAUUUUCUCAUUAUUACGAUUAAUUCUAAUUUAUUAAUUUUAAAAGAUGUCUGCCAGUGUUGAUCCUCGUCGACCGGAGAAGGUGAACCGCUAUAAACCGGUGGACACCGGAAACCAGGGCGCAGGAGUCGGCGAUGACCUCAUGCCGGACUACAUGAAUAUCCUGGGAAUGAUAUUUUCCAUGUGCGGUCUGAUGAUGAAGCUGAAAUGGUGCGCCUGGUUGGCCCUGUACUGUUCCUGUAUCAGCUUUGCCAAUUCGCGCGUUUCGGACGACGCCAAGCAGGUCCUAUCGUCGUUCAUGCUGAGCGUGAGUGCCGUGGUGAUGUCAUAUCUGCAGAAUCCAACCCCGAUGACGCCGCCCUGGCAAACGGCGUGAGCAUGAACAGGGGUUGGAACGCAUGGUUUGAGUUUUAAGUACGUGUUUAUAUAUGGUUUCUGUCAGUUCAUUCAAUAGAAGUAAUAUUUUCAUCGAAGUGUAAAAGUAGAAUACAUAAUUGCAAAUCGUGCAACAUUUAACAUUCGAAGGAAUGAAAAAAAAAACCAAAUAAAUCCUCUAAAAAAUA